AUGAAGGCCGAGAAGACUGGCGAUGUGUCCGUCUACACGGUCGCAGGCGCCGAGACAGCACGACCCCUCCCAGACUGGCUCGCUCGUCGCAGGAAACGCAGCUUGAAAAACGAUGCCGAAUACCAGAACCGGAUAGAGCUGCUGCAAGACUUCGAGUUCGAGGAGGCCAGCCAGUGCAUUCGCGUCUCAGAUGAUGGCGAGUGGUUGAUGUCUACCGGCACCUACAAGCCUCAAAUCCACGUACACCAGCUCUCGCAUCUUUCCCUUUCUUUUGCGCGACACACGACCUCGCUGAACACGACCUUUCAACUGCUCUCGAGUGAUUACACAAAGUCGAUACAUUUGCAGAGCGAUCGUAAGAUUGAGUUGCAUACACAAGGCCAAAUGCAUUACGAGACGAGGAUACCACGAUAUGGAAGAGAUCUCAUCUACGAUCGCCACUCGGCCGAAGCUCUGGUGCCCGCUGUCGGCCUUGAUGCCGACGGACACGGAGAAGUGUUUCGCCUGAACCUCGAGGUCGGCCGAUUCAUGAAAUCGUACCAUAUCGAUCUUGGAGCCGACGAGGGUGUCGAAAAAGGUCUGCAGGGCAGCAUCGGAGUGGGUGCCGUCCUGGUCGCUGCUCAAGCCGAGCGCACUCACAAUUUAGCGGCCUUUGGUACCUCGAUAGGCACGAUUGAGUUUUGGGACCCAAGAUCAAAGAACCGAGUGAGCAUCAUUGGUGGUCAGGAAGGCGAAAUUACGGCGCUGAACUUUAGUGACUCGGGGCUGUCUCUCGCCACGGGUUCAUCGAACGGACUGAUCAAACUAUUCGAUCUCAGAAGUCCUGUCCCUCUCCUACAAAAGGAUCAGGGUCUGGGCUUUGCUGUUAAAGAGCUAAAGCAUUUGACCACUGCGUCGCAAGAGAAGAAGAUCCUUUCGGCCGACAAGCGUGUAGUCAAGAUAUGGGACGAGCAGGAUGGAAAGCCAUGGACCUCAGUCGAGCCGCUGGUGGACAUCAACUCUGUGGCAUGGUGCAAGGAUACUGGUAUGUUGCUGAGUGCCAAUGAAGGCAAGCAACAGCAUGCGUGGUUCAUUCCAGAACUGGGACCUGCGCCGAAAUGGGCAAGCUUCCUGGACAACAUGGUGGACGAGAUGGCAGAAGAAGUGCGGACCGAAACGUACGAAAACUACAAAUUCCUUACGAGACCGGAGCUCAAGUCGCUCAGCCUGGAUCACCUCAUCGGCAAGACCAGUCUGCUGCGCCCUUACAUGCAUGGUUACUUUGUGGCUUCUAAGCUAUACGACCAAGCAAGACUUAUCGCCAACCCGUAUGCUUGGGAAGAGGAACGCUCCAAGCGCAUCAAGGAGAAGAUCGACAAGGAACGCGAGAGCAGAAUUCGUGGCAAGAAGAAGGUCAAGGUCAACCAGAAGUUGGCAGACAACCUUCUCAAGCGCCAAGAAAAGAGAGCACAGAUCGAUCUCAAUGCUGGUAUGCUCGGCGAUGACCGUUUCGGCAAGAUCUUCGAGGACGAGGAAUUCGCCAUUGACGAAAAUACCCACGAGUUCAGAAUGCUCAACCCCAGCACCAAGGUGGAAGCCUCAAACGGUGCUGCGCCCGAGCGAGAGUACAAGAUGGAGGGCGAUAGCGAGUCAGAUGACGCUUCUAGCAGUGAAGAUGAAGAGGUUGCCCCUGCUCGGAAACCAAAAGCCAGUAAGGACAGCAUGGACAUGCGGGUUUCUACGUCAAACAAGAAUGGUGGUCGGUCCAUGAAAGACACUGCCUUGGGAUCUCGCGCUCAGAAAACUGGACGGGUUACCAAGAAUCGCGCUGGCGAUGUGGUCGGAGAGAGGUCAGUCACUUUCGUGCCAGAGACGCGGCGGAAACAAAAGGACGAAGAAGUCGCCGAACCACAACCCAAAGCCAAACGUUUCGACGCCAGGCGGAGUGCUAGCACAAAUACUUUUAGACGAAUGUGA